UUUUUGCUAUAAAAGAGGAAACGGUAGAGUUAAUAACAUUUUUAUCGCUCAAUCACACAGCAUACAAGGUAGGCGAGCAACCAGUUCUUGAGCAUUCGUCUAAACGACUACACAUACGAGAAUGCUGGAUAUUAGAAUAUUUACAAUAUUAGUUGCAUUUGUUUGCGUCAAGGGUCGUUCAAUUUCAAGCGAUGUUGAAAAUAAUUAUUGUUAUCCUACCGAUGUACAUCCGUAUCUAAAUGCUGGUACAAAAACAGCUUACCAUCACAUGCAUGGCUUAAUUACAAACACUAGCGUACCGAGUUGCGAACCGGUGCAAAUUUGGAUGCUGGCGAGACAUGGAACUCGUUAUCCUGGAAGAAAGGAGAUCAAAAGUAUGAAAAAGAAAUUGUCAGAACUUCAAGAUGAUAUUAUAGACAAUCAUAAAAAACAUGGACGUGGUGGUUUAUGUAAAGAAAGCAUAAAGAUGUUAAAAAAAUGGAAAGUAAAUCCGGACCUCAGCAAAGAUACCCAAAAGUACUUGACGGAGCAAGGUGAAGAAGAUCUAAAAUUAAUGGGGGCAAGAUAUAAAGAUUAUUUCCCUGAGCUUCUGCAAUCUAAUUCAAGCAAAUACAAAUUCAGAGCGACGAAUACUCAACGAACCGUCGCUAGCAUGAACUCUUUUAUCGAAGGUCUUAUUGGUAAUGAAUCUACCACCGAUGGUGUUAUUGGUAAUACACCUACCAUUGAUAUGGAAGUGCUGGAGUCCGAUGAAGACACUUUAUUGAAGCUUUACAAAUUUUGUAAACCUUGGCUAGAUGAAGUGCACAGUCCUUCAACCAACGCUGAAGAUAAUGAUUUUGUGAAUGGUCCUGUCAUGAACGAAACAGUUCACGAAAUCAGUCGACGAUUAGGAUUUAAACAUGAUCUUCCUUAUGAUACUGUUUUGAUUAUGUACAAAGCGUGUGUGUUCGAAAGGGCUUGGUUCGUCGAUAAAUUAUCUCCUUGGUGCGCCGCUUUUACAGAGAAGUCGUUAAAAGUAUUCGAGUACGAGGAAGAUCUCUAUUAUUAUUAUCACUCCAGUUACGGGCAAAACAUGAGCAAUAAGGUUGGAUGUACGACGUUGCAGGAUAUGUUCGAACAUUUCACUAAAUUGGAGGAAGGAGACACAAAGAACGAGCCGCAAGGUAUUUUUUACUUCAGCCAUAGUACAUCGCUUCAAUUACUUUUUACGACGAUGGGAAUCGCGAAAGACACAACACCUUUGAAAGCUGGGAACUAUGAAAGCAUGGUAGACAGUAGAAAAUGGAGAACUUCUUACCUUGUACCAUUUGCUGCAAAUAUCGCAGCUGUUUUCUAUCGAUGUGAUUCUUCGAACAAAGUAAGGUUCUAUCUUAACGAGAAACCUUUGGAUGUAGAAGGCUGUGAUGGAAGUGUUUGUGAUUGGAAAUACCUAAAGGAGAAAUUAGGAGACGCUGCGUUUAGUUGUAACGUAGACUUCUGUAGGCGAUAAGCUCUAUAGUUGAAUUCUAUAGAUAUAGUGUAGUUAAUCUCUAUACUCUAUAUAGACGAACCACUCAUCAUAAAUAAUGACUGCGGCUGUACUGAUCAGCCCUAUAAUUUAAUUUACAUUUAAAUUUUACGUUGUAAUUAUUAGAACUUUUAAAUUCAUUUUUCUUGAUUGCAUGGAUUCUUGUAUACAAACGAGUUGAGAAAAGCUACAAAUAAAGAGCAAAACGUAUUUUGUUCACAGAAAAGUAUAAUUUAAUAUAUAUUCGAUUCAUUUAACAUCUACACAUUCAUCUUCUAUUUUCAAAAUAGUUACUCUCACUCUCAUUGUGAUUGCAAUAACAUGUAUAUUCGUAUAGAAACAGAUGAUAGCGACCACUAACAAUUUUCAUGGUCAAGCGGAAUACAUUCACUUUGAAAGUUUUGAAAGCACGUUACACAAGAUAUAUAAAGGUAACAUUCAAAUUGAUUGGUGUUGAAGUGAUUACCGAGCAUGUCAAGUGUGCUUUUGUCAGUGAUUGUAUUGAUGAAAUUACAGUGUAAUAACGUGUGUGAUGCAUGUGUUCAGCGCCGACGUUUGAGUUAUCCGCGCCCCGAUGAAACUUUUAAUACAAGCGCCCUUUUGUAUCCUCAUGAACAAAUUAAAAUCAAAUAUCUGAAUUUUAAAUUUCAAGUGAUCCGUAUCGAACGAGAUGUAACGAUAUUUUUUUACGUGACGAUAUUACUGUACAAGUUACUUCCAAGUGAAGACAUAAA